AUGCCCUCGGCCCGUUUUCCCCAUACCCGGGCUCAUUUGCUGGCGAUUGCUCGACAGUACAAGCCUUUGCCGAGUGACGUCUACGAACUCGAGCCCGAAGAGGAUCCACGCGUGUCGCCCGAAUUCGUCGACCAAGUUGUUGCCUUAUUGCGUGAAGAGCGGGAGGAUGAACUGAAGAAUGUCUUGAAGGAUGCGUAUAGCCUUGACGACGAGAUAGUCGAGUCCAUGGUCUUGGAUGUCAUGCAUAAACACCACGACGAUGAAGCUGGGGUCCCUUUCCUCUUCCUUACUCCAACGCGACGACCAAUUUCAAGACCGUCCUCACGUGCCUCUGCGCGUUUAACGCCCAGCAAUUCUGCUCCCAGUUCACCACUGGGUCUUGUAUUCCGUCGGCCACAUACGCCUGUGACAUCCCCACUUGUUUCGGCAUCAACGUCGUAUAUAACAGCCAAGAACGACUACUCGCCCCAGUCAUCACCUGUUCUGGCUCAUGUACCCCAGUUUACGGCCAGUCUCCCCGCAUCUCCGUUGUCAUCACCUCGUCUUCUCAAUGCCAAAGCUUCGGAAUUUAAACCUAUUCCCCGCCCUCUUUCUGCCGCCUCGUCUAAUCCAGGCACUUUAUUACGCGCGGAGACACCGUCUCCAGAUAUGUGGUCUCAUAGUCCACUCCGCUCCAACUUGGCUAUCGCUGCCCCACUCAUUCCUGAGCGAUCUCUUACCCCAAGCUCUUCAUUGCGCUCUUCGAUGCUUCUUGGUGAAGACGACGACGACGAAGAUCCAUUUGAUCCAUUCGCAGCCAAGUCUCUACCAAAUGCCUUCCACUCGCUCUCGGUCUCUGAUCAGUGGUCUACCUCGUCCAACUCCAAUUCCUCCAGGUCCCCCGAAUCCAUGGACCAUUUGUCAUCACACUUUGCCAAUACCUACCCAGAUUCUUCUGAGUCCAGCGGCUUUUCUCCCCCGGACGAUACUGCAGAAAUAGAUGCGGCAGCAGUCCUCACUGAGGGAAUGACACCAUUUGAUGUGUUGAGCUCUGUGUUUGGGUCUUCUCUUGCUCCCUCAGAGCUUGAAGAUGCGCUUGCUGCCAAUGGCUAUGAUUUUGACCGGGCUAUGGCAUGGUUAGUGGAUAGAGCUGGACCAGCACCACAAUCAAGAGUCCAGCAAAUGGGCAGCCGAGUCACAGUAGUUGGUCGCGGGCGAGGUCAAGAUCUGCGAUCUCCCCCAAGAUACGUUAAUGGGAGACCUUCUCCAAACGGCAACCGUGUUUGUCGAUAUUUUGUGGCAGGUGAAUGUCUGAGAGCAGACUGUCGCUUCAGCCAUGACCUUGAACGAGCUUUGUGUCGGUUCUGGCUCCGUGGAACAUGUGCAAAGCAAGAGAACUGCGAGUUCCUGCAUCACCUCCCCAAGGAUGUCGAUAUGGCAAGUCUCAGUGUCGCUUUACGCCAUGUUCCUCCAGGCACUGGCCCUUUGGCGGGUAUGAUACCUGUCCCUCCUCCUGACGAAUUUCCCGCGCUGGAUGGCGGGAAAGGGCGGCGAACAGGUUACGUAUACGACCCGGGGAGAACGCGGUUUUCUGCUGCUGUCAAAAAGACAGUUUCCCAAAAUGAUCCCGCCAUGAUUGCUCGCCGGGAAGCUAUGGGCCCUUCAGCCGAUAGCUUAUAUCAUCGUUCCGCCAUUGUAGCGCCUCGGUCUUCGCCUCGUCUCAAGCUUCGGCCGCCAACAUUGUUACCCACUUUGCCUACAGGCGAUUCGGUCAACAACAUUUGGGAGCUGCACGAAAUGCAUGUCUAUCACGUGCCGCAGAUGCGUGGAGGCGGGGGAGACGGCGCAGCAGCCAAACGUUUCAGUCGAGAAGGCCACGAACUCAACGACAGAAUGGCCAAGGAAAUGGCAGGAGCAGCAGCCAAGUUGGUCCGGGAAAGAGUAUAUGUCGCUGAACAGGCUGUCCGUUCCAGGGAAGCCUCUUGGUCAGAUGAUCCAGGAGAUCGAACCGUGCGAGGUCGUAGUUGUGGGGCAGGGCUAGGAGUUAUCCUUGGUAUUGCCAGCCGGGAGGGAGGCGACAGUAAGCUCACACCAGAAGAGCGGACCGAAGCUAUGCUCGAUCUGCACGGAUUGCAUUCCAAUGAAGCAACCGAGGUACUCGAGGAGUUCUUACUCGCUCUGGAGCAAGAGCAUUUCUUUGGUUUAGCUUAUAUCAUCGUCGGUGAGGAAAAACACACUGGACAAGACUCGACCAGACGAGCACGGCUUGCCACAGGGGUGAGAGAAUGGAUUCAUCGGUGGGGCUAUGCAUGGGCUGAGCAAAACGGAAUUUUAUGCGUAGACCCGCUUCAUCACGGGCAGGAAUAA